AUGGGACAUCAUCACAAAGCAAUUACAGCUUUCCUUAUCAUUUCUUCGUCACUUUUGUAUCCUUCCUUGAUCCUUUCUGAUUCGGCUGAUGGCGGGCACAUUAAAGUUAAACUGAAGCGUCUCAAAUCAACCCAUGCUAGUCGUGUUGCUCUGCCUUCGGUAUUGGGUCUGACUCGCGAUGAAAAUGAUCCUAACGAGCCAAAUAUCGUGCUUUUAAAGAACUAUAUGGACACUCAAUACUAUGGUGAGAUCGGCAUUGGUACCCCGCCUCAAACAUUUACUGUAAUCUUUGAUACCGGAAGUUCCAAUCUAUGGGUGCCAUCAUCAAAGUGUUAUAUCUCGAUGUCUUGCUAUGUUCAUUCAAAGUAUAGCUCAAGAAGGUCAAUGACAUACAAGAGAAGCGGGAAAUCUGCUGCAAUUGAGUAUGGUAGCGGAUCGAUAUUUGGAUUCUUUAGUAAUGACGAUGUCAGAGUUGGGGAUUUGGUUAUUAAGAACCAGGAGUUCAUUGAGGCAACACUGGAACCUGGUAUGACAUUCAUGUCCGGAAAAUUUGAUGGUAUACUUGGACUUGGAUUCAUUGGAAUUUCUGUUGGAAAUGCUACCCCAGUAUGGGACAAUAUGAUGAAGCAAGGUCUAGUUAAAGAUCCAUUGUUCUCAAUUUGGUUGAACCGUGGUACUGACAACCAAGAAUAUGGAGGCGAAAUCGUUUUUGGUGGUGUCGAUCCAAACCAUUAUGAGGGUGAUCAUACUUUUGUUCCCGUCACUCAAAAGGGCUAUUGGAAGUUCAAUUUUGACGACGUUCUUAUAGAUGGAAAAUCAAGCGGACUUUGUCAAAAUGGGUGUUCUGCCAUUGCAGAUUCAGGAACUUCUUUAAUCACAGGUCCAAUGACUGCGAUCACCAAGAUAAAUAAUGCCAUUGGAGCUAGGAGCUUCGCAACUCCACAAUCCAAUCGAUAAAACUUAUUCUGUGAUUGAUCUCUUGGUGAAAUGAAGGAAUCAGGUGUUGAUUGUGCUAACGUUUCGACCAUGCCUAAUAUUUCAUUUGUAAUCGGGGGCAAAGAUUUUGUUCUUUUACCACAAGAGUACCUUGUUAAAGAUGGCAACGGCGAUCGCCCUACUUGUAUUAGCGGUUUCAUGCCGUUGGAUGUUGCUUCUCCUCAAGACCCUCUAUGGAUAUUGGGAGAUGUUUUUAUGGGUCGUUACCAUACAAUAUUCGACUAUGGGAAUUUGAGAGUUGGAUUUGCUAAGGCAGCAUAG